AUGAAUUUCGGACCCGACAUCCAAAUAGAUUUAGUCGGAACGCGAACUCCCAGUCCAGAAGAGGAAGAGCUUAUCGACUGGUCGUAUAACAAAAAAGAGUAUAAAUUUAAAGCCCCUAUCGAUCAACAGUCGGCCAGUUUUGACACCGAUUUCUCAAUUAAUGAUUUCGAGAUCACUGAAAGGGACGUCGACUCCAUCACUAACUCUCGCUUUGAUGUCUCAUCAAAGAUCAUAGAAUUGGAUGACAUGAGAGACUUUGCCACAGAAUAUAUCAAAACUAUUGUCAGUUCAGCGCUCGAAACACUUAACUCACAACCA